CGAAAGCUCUUAUCACGUGACCCGGAAGCCGAGACCUCCAGAAGGUUCGGUCAGGAGCCGAACCUUUAAAUGACCCUUUUCUGAAGGAAGUCUUGCGUCAACGUCUCCGGAACAACUCGCGGGAGCCGCUUUUAAUAAACACGUCAUGGCGGUCUCCGAGGUGCGGCCCGGUUUGUUCCUCAGUGGUUUGGACUCGGCUCUGAAGCUCAGUGUUCUGACCAGCAGGAACAUCUUGCUCAUCGUCAACGCCAGUGGUCUGGAGGACGUCCCCUACCCUGAGCGGGAGGGCAUGGGGAUCCUACAGGUACUGAUCCAGGAUCGACCCGACGAACCUCUCAGCCGCUACUUUGACCUGGUCGCCCAACGGAUUCAUCAGAACCGGACGGGAGGGACUCUGGUCCACUGCAGCGCCGGCCGGAGCCGUUCGCCGACUCUGAUCAUGGCCUACCUGAUGAGGUUUGAAGGUCUUAACCUCCGGAGGGCUCACGAGCUGGUUCUAGACCAGCGUCCCUUCAUCCGACCCAACGGCGGGUUCUGGAGGCAGCUAAUGGACUACGAGAAGAAGUUGCUCGGCAGGAACACGGUGAGGAUGACGAAGACACCCAGCGGGGUCCUGCCUGAGGCGCUGCAGGACUCUGAGGACUCAAACUCACAACCAGAAUACUGCAUCAACAUCUGAGAGGAGCAUAUCGGUUCUUUAUUAUUAAAGCUCUUGGCUCAGCGUCAUCAAUUCCG